UAAAAAAAGUUCUAGUGAGAAGUAGCUCAGUGUCGUGAUUGCACGGGAGAAAUAGCCAAGGACAACAUCACUUCCUUGGGAGCACAGUCACAUUGCAUGGUACCUAGCUGCAGAGCGGGUCGUCCUGCACACUGACGGGACAAAGCUAUAGGCUAUAGUUCGGGAGAACAAGGCGCAAUCGCAUUCGCUUGUUUUCAAGCAAGGAAGUGGAUUCUAACAAAAAGAGGGAUUUGAUUACAGUAGGUUACAAAAGUGUUUGGGAUCUGACUCUUCUGGCUGGCGAUAAAAAAAAGGAUUGCCAGACGUAGCAGUGGCUCAGGCAUCUGUCACCACAGCGUGUUUAAUGCGAGUGGACCUCUGUUCAUUGUUUUAAUAUUUUUCAAGCCAUAGUAGGCCUAUGACAUGCCAAGCAUUUAUGAGUAAGUCACUCCUUCAUGAAGCUGCGCUCGUUAAAUCGUCUGUGUGGAUUGUCACGGCUGUCUACAUUUGAGGACUGCAAAAGAGUCGUCAAAGGAAGAGCGCAAACCAAAGGUGCGUGUUGCGGUGUGCAUACAGAUAUUUGACGCUCAGCAACUUAAAAUGACCAAAGACGUGUCUAUGUUACACUAAUUUCAGGAAGUUGUGAAGUUGUGAUCAGUUUCAGCCUGGUGUUACUGUUCCAGCGAAAUUCGAGCUUGGAUACAUGGACUGGACCUCAUGUGUGAUAGACAAUCUGUUGUUGAAGUCGACUGAAUAGCCUGCUUCUUUGUUUUUGUGUUUGUCUAUCCAAACUGGGAUGACAAAUCUCUAAGUUCUGUAAGGAUUUCAUACUUCGAAGCAACGUGUAUUAAUCUGCUUCAUUGUGCUUGGAAAUUACAUAUUGAACAAAUAGCAAAUAUGAAAAGGCACGUUUUAAUACUCGCAUAUGUUGCUGUUUGCUUAUUGUGUGUUCGUUGCACCCUUACGCCGGGUGCGGAAACACAGACAUUGCCCCAUGAGUCGUGCGCGUCGUGCGGGCUCAGUCAGUCAAUACAGUCGGACAGACUCGACACGGACUUUUUGGAGGCAGUAAAACGACACAUUUUGAACAGGCUACAGAUGAGGGAGAGACCCAACAUCACUCACCCCAUCCCCAAGGCGGCGAUGGUCACGGCACUGAGAAAACUUCACGCCGGCAAAGUACGGGAGGACGGUAGGGUGGAGAUCCCUAACCUCGAUGGACACGCAAACUACAACAACGAAGUCCAAGAAGAAACAUCGGAAAUCAUCAGUUUUGCAGAAUCAGAUGAAAUCACGGUCUCCAAGUCCCGACUCUUCUUCCUGGUCUCCAACGAGGGGAACCAGAACCUGUACGUGCAGCAGGCCAACCUGUGGCUGUACUUCAAGCUGCUGCCCGGGGGCCUGGAGAAGGGGCUCCGGCGGAAGGUGAUGGUGAGGAUCCGCUACCAGGAGCCGGCCGGAGGAGGCGGUGGCAGCGCCCCUCGCUGGGCGUACGUGGAGAAGAGGGUGGAGCUGAAGCGCAGCGGCUGGCACACCUUCCCGUUGUCCGAGGCGGUGCGGGCGGCGCUGGGCAAGGGCAACGGCCGGCGGCAGGACCUGGACGUGACGUGCGAGGCGUGCGAGGCGGCCGGCGUGAUGCCGGUUCUGGUGGACCCGGCCGACCCGUCGCACCGGCCCUUCCUGGUGGUGCGCGCGCGGCAGGCCGACGGCAAGCACCGCAUCCGCAAGCGCGGCCUGGAGUGUGACGGCACCAGCGGCGGCCUGUGCUGCCGCCAGCAGUUCUACAUCGACUUCCGGCUCAUCGGCUGGAACGACUGGAUCAUCGCGCCCGCCGGCUACUUCGGGAACUACUGCGAGGGCAGCUGCCCGUCGUACAUGGCCGGCGUGCCAGGGUCGGCGUCGUCCUUCCACACGGCGGUGGUCAACCAGUACCGCAUGCGCGGCAUGAGCCCGGGCUCGGUCAACUCAUGCUGCAUCCCGACCAAACUCAGCACCAUGUCCAUGCUCUACUUUGACGACGAGUACAACAUCGUCAAGCGCGACGUACCCAACAUGAUCGUGGAGGAGUGCGGCUGUGCCUGAAGGCUUCGGGACUUAACAUCAUUACGGUCAAAACUUUCCUUAAACGGGGACAAUGUUACAACAAAAAAUAAACUAUAGUGACGUCGACAGGAAACUCAUAUUUAUGGAACUUUGUAUCAUAUAUAGUAGAUACAUGUUAUUGCGUGUGUAUGCGCGCAAACACGAACAAACACACACAGGCGUGUGUGUGUGCACGGAGCAGAGGCUGAUAAAAAAAAAAAAAAACACAAAACACAAAAAAAGCAUAUUUCUCCCGUUUUGCAGGUCAGCCCUAAAAUGUACAUGAACUCACAGACUUGGGAUUAGAAAGGAGUUAGUUCUCACCAAAAUGUUUGUUGUCUUCUAGUUUCCCAUUUCUAGACAAAAAAAUGGAAACUAUCUGACUCUUCCUCUCCUCCUCUGCCUGCUCCUUUCAUCCUGAUGGAGCGAGUGAUAGAGACAGAAGCAUGGAGGAGAGAGGGGGAUAGGACUGAGGCUUUGCCAGAGGGACAUGCUGGCUCUGUCCUUUGUAAGUACUUAAGCGACAACUGCCCCCUGGGAGCUUGGCAACACCACUGCCCACUCCUCAGCAUCCUGAACACAAUUCAGAACAUCAGCACUUCUAGAAGCAUCUCAACAAAAAAAAGACUCUGACUCACACAGAACAGCAUUCCACCACCCCAGUGCGAUUCUGCGUGCUUCUCUCUCUCUUUCUUUCUUUCUUUCUUUCUCUCUCUCUCUCUGUCUCUUUCUCUCUCAGACACACACACACACACACACACACACACGCAAACUCUCUCUUUUUUUCUUUCUGUGUUGAGGCCUUCCUGUUUCAGGUCUGGUUUGAAUUGUUGAGGAUUUUGUUUUGUUCUGUUAGCGGCACUGAGACAAACUGGCACGCACCACUCAGAAGGCGCGGUUCCACUGCCCGUAGCUCCAGCGUCGGAACUCCGGAACCGCACACAGAAUCCACUGUUCCGCUCGACCGCAGUGGGCCAUUCACAUCCAUUCAUCAACAUCCACCCAUCUCUCCAUCUCUCCAUCCACCCAUCCCUCCAUCUCUCCAUCCAUCCCCUGGGGCUGAACAGAGCCUCUUCCACUUCCUAGUACGCACAGGAGUCUCCACAUCAUCUAGCUGGUUAGUGCAAAAGCAGCACUUGCAAAGACAAAUGAAAAGAAAAGAAAAUUUAAAAAAAGAAAGAAAAAAUUUACAAAAGUGAAACAAAAAAGAAGAAAUAAAUAAACUUGUAAAUGCACAAUUUCACAAAAGCACUUGCAUAUUUGAAAUGCCUUCAAGAGGGUACAGAAAUGGAGCACCUACCCUUGGUCCUUGCCCUCAUCAUACCAAGUGCCGCAUGAGCUAUGCAAUGUAUAGUUACCCAUAUUCAUAUCAAGACUGAACUCUCUCUUGUCUUCAGCUAGUCUUUAACUCUUUAUCAAUACUUGAAAUGUGGUCUUUCGCUUGCUGUCCAAAGCGAAUGAUUGUUACGAUGUUUGCACUGAAAAGUUGCGAAAAAAGAAAAACUGCCAUUGAAAAAAAGUUAUUUUUAUAGUAGUAAAAUUUGAAUUUUGUGAAAACAAAUGUAUUAUACAUAAUGGAACCAAAGAAGCCAAGAUAUUAGCUAUUAUAAGAAGAUGGCAAGGCCGUCACAUUAUUGUGUAAAAUAAUUGUUGAUCAUUUUGAAAUGGCCUACUCACUGUAUCAGGGUAAGACAUAAUAGAUUCCAUUUUGUAGCUCUAUCAUGUUAUUGUUUUGUUUGUUUAAUUUGUUUUGUUUUGUCUUGUUUUGUUUUCUACUUUGUACAGUAAACAUACAAAACACUCAUUUUUUCCAUCUUUAAAUACUUUACAUUGGUUUUCUAUUUAAUAAAUGUCAUUUUUAGUGGAUUCAAAAUCAGUUAGUCCAAUAAAUAAAUGUCAUCUGUACAG